AUGACUGCCUCACUCCUUACCCUAGAUGUCAAAGGCGCAUUUGACGCCGUGCUUCCUGGCAGACUGAUCCGCAGAUUGCGUGAGCAGGGCUGGCCUACUAAUCUCGUCCUCUGGAUCGCCUCCUUUGCUACUGGGCGAUCAGUUCAGAUCCGACUUGAUGGAGAGAUUGGCCCCUCAACAGACAUUGCCUGCGGCCUUCCACAAGGAUCCCCAGUAUCUGGCAUUUUAUUCAUGCUCUACAUAGCGCCUCUAUUCCGUCUAGGAAACUCAAGGAACAAAUUUAGCUACGCCGACGACGCAGCUAACCUGGCAAUCUCGACAUCCCUUGCUACUAACUGCGAAGCCUUAUCAGACUCACUUCAAGAAGCUCUUAACUGGGGUGCUGCAGAGGGCAUUACUUUCGCACUAGAUAAAUACGAGCUUCUUCACUUCUCUCGACGAAAAGCAGACCAGGACCCAACCUGUACACCUUCACUAGGAAUCCUCUAUGACAAAAAGCUCACAUUUAAAUGGCAUGUCGGUAAAAUAGCAUCUAAAGCCCUCACUGUGGCUAAUGCCCUUCGCUCUCUAGGGAAUACUGCUCGAGGAGUUAAACCUUAUUUACUACAGCAAGCUGUAUUAGCCUGUGUACUCCAUAAAGCAUACUAUGGUGCUGAAACCUGGUGGCCAGGACGUACUCGCCCUGGGCCUACCCAGACUUCAAAUCGAGUUGGCGAAUAUCUUAAGAAACUAACUAAAGUAGUACUAACAGGCGCAAGAGCAGUCCUUCCAGUUUUCCGUACAACCCCAAUAUCUGUCCUUUACUGGGAGUCUGGAUUCUCUCCACCAGAAAUUGAACUAGAUCGAAUAGCCCUCCUCAUAACUGUCCGCCUAUGGCGUCUGGAUCCUUACCACCCACUUCGAAGACGCGCGGAACAGAUUGCCAGUAAUAGCCGACAAACCAGCCGAUUUGCCCGCCGCAUACUGGCCCUCCCCAACUCUGAGCAGAUAAACCCUCUCCAACACGCUCCCUGGCACCCUCGCGAGACGCGCGAGAAUGCUCAAGCUUGA